AUGGCAGAAAGUAACAGGUUUAUACACGAACAACCAGCCGACCGGUAUCAGAGGGAAUUCACACUUCUCUCGCACCUUGGCUUUCAGUCCAAUGUCAUUGUAGCCGCCUCGUAUGAAAAUACCAGCAAGGAUGACCUCUCCUCCAAGGCGCUCCUCUAUCCGGCCCUCCGGAAAGUCGUGCAGCGCUAUCCGGAGCUGGCCAUGGUUCAUUUCUGCCGGCCUUCUGAAACGAAAAAAGGCCAGCAUCGGCGCUGGCUGGGCUUUUUGCGCGAGAUAAACCUGGAUGAUCAUGUUAGGUUUCUCGAUGUUCCGGCAGCGGCGGCUGAUGGGCUAGAUGAUGGUCUCAUCGAGCAGUAUCACGAUAUCUGGUUUGAAGAUCCGGAGAAACCGCCGUGGCUGUUUGUUGUAGUUAAUGGCAAACAUGCAUUAUUCGUGUUUGAUCAUAUCAUUACCGAUGGGCGAGGAGCGACUCAGGUUCACGAUAGUCUGCUCAAGGCGUUGAAUCUAGGUAUGGGUCUGGAUCGAGACGAGUCCCCAAUUGUCCGAGUAUCGCCAGACGACGUGCCUGGAUUUCCUGAACCAGACCCCAUCAUGCGUUCCGGGACGAGUGUUUCCAUUCCCUCGGCCAUUUGGAUGUUUUUCAUCAUGAUAUACAUCCGGCUCGUAUACCGAUUCACCGACGCCUUCUUCCACGACGCACACGUCCGGCCAAUAAGCAAACCACUAACGUUCAGCCAUCCGAAUAAAGAAUCCCAUCUCGUCAAAACCCAAACUCGCACACUGCGUCUCAAGCCCGCAACAGUCAAGAAAUGCAUCGACGCAUGCCGCGCGCACCAGACAACCUUUACGAGCCUCCUACACACGCUUGUCAAGGUGACCCUCGCAGCAGAUUUCUAUCCGACGUCGCGCUUCAGCCACUCGCAGGUUGCCCUUGACAUCCGGCCGUAUCUACUACCGCAUGCGCGCGCGCAGACCAUGAGCACGGCGGUCUCGAUUGUUUCGAGUUUUGACUGGCUUGCGCGGUUUCGAGAGGCGGGCACUGCGACUGCUGCUGCCAAUGCAGACCUCCUAAUAUGGGACAUUGCGCGCGAACAUCGAGCGCACGUCGUCAAGGAUCUUAACCACACCCAUUUAUGGCGCAAGGCAUGGCUAGCCGUUUCACUACUCGGCGAGGACGAGGAAGAUUACAUAUCGCAGUUUUUGCCAGGCUACAAAAAUUCCCAGCAAAACUGUUUUUCCGUAUCCAACUUGGGCGCUUUUGCUCCUAGCCACCACCACCACAGUCCUCUGGACGGGUGGACGAUUUCGAAUAUGGAGUUUUCGGCGGGUGCGAUCAAGGCUGGAUACGGGGUGAAUCUGACGUUUGAUGUUGCUGGUGUUGCGGGUGGUGAUACUGUGAUUCAUGUCAGUGCUGAAGAAGGGAGUUUGAGGGAUGGGUUUGUUAGUUCGCUGCUGGAGCGCAUUCAAAAGAGGCUGGAGGCGAUUAUUUAG